GGGCAUAAAUCAGUACCAUCGGUAGAGUUGAUUGAAUUAAGUGGCAUCGACAAAGCGCUUGACGAGGGACCAUCGGAGACACUGAUGGUAAUGACACCAUCAGGGUCUGUGAGAGCCAGCUUCCUCGCAAUUGACUGGAAGGAGAGCACACUAUAUAUGCGCGGGGGGAUAGAGAACAUGACUUACAACCCUGUCCAUCCGCGAACCACAGGCUGUCGCCUUCUUGAUCUUCUGAACGGAGAUGAGACGACGGCGGCCAGAAAUGUCGCGUUUGCCAUCCUACCUCCCAUCCCCUGCGUGUUCUCUCAAAUAAUUAUAUUUUUGCAUUUUGAUUCCACGUUAAGCUGUGUAAAGAGAAUGUCGGUCAGGUGUAUCAAACAGCCUGAAUCCCCCUGUGGCACAAUAGCUAUUCGCUAUGGAGCCGCUUCGGACUCAAGGAGCAUUCAGUUCUACGCGAGGAAGGAGCCUAAAGGGGUAUUGAAUGCUGUCUGCUUUAGGAAAGCUGGUCAGUACAGCGAGGAGUUCAGUUCAAUGGCUGUCGAUCGAGACAGGCAUUCCUGGCACUCAUAG